UAUCCUAGUACGAAUUUUGUGUAACCCUUAGUAGGAAUUGGGUCAAAAUAUCGUAUUCAUCACGAUACAGAUUUAUAUUCGGUCAUUCUCGUUGUUACCCAAUAAAAUCCCCAACAAACGAGUACGAUAUAUUUUUAUUAACGAACAUGGCAAGCGAAACUCUGAGCGACAUGUCGACCAAGUUUGGCAAGUUGACAAAGUUCGAAGGCGUCGAUUUCCAUCGCUGGCAGAAGAAGAUGCACUUUCUUCUCACAACUUUGAAGGUCGUGUAUGUCCUGAGCACUCCAUGCCCCGAGGAAACCGAAGAUGAAACUUUGGAGGCAACGCAUCGCAAGAGAAAAUGGGAGAAUGAUAACUACAUUUGUCGUGGUUAUAUUCUCAAUGCAAUGUCUGAUCCACUUUUUGAUAUUUAUCAAAAUGUAGGUUCAACCAAGGAACUUUGGGAGGCACUCGAAUCUAAAUACAUGGCUGAAGACGCUUCAAGCAAGAAAUUCUUGGUCAGCGACUUCAACAACUACAAGAUAGUUGUUUUGAGGCCUGUGAUGGAGCAGUACAACGAGCUCCUUCGCAUCCUUGGUCAGUUCAUGCAGCACGACAUGAAAAUGGAUGAAUCCAUUGUUGUUUCAUGCAUCAUCGACAAAUUGCCGUCUGCAUGGAAGGAAUUUAAGCAAACGCUUAAACACAAGAAGGAAUAGUUGACACUUGUAGAACUCGGUAGCCAUUUGCGUAUAUAAGAACCUAUAAGAGUACAAGAAGGUAGUAAAGGCAAGGAUAUUGCCGGACCUUCGGUAAACAUGAUUGAGGAACGAAAGAAAGACAAGUCCUCAAAAGAAGGUCAUAGUAAAAAACGCAAAUUUAAUGAUUCUAACAAAGAUGUCAACAAGAAAACCAAGAUGGCCUGCUGGAUUUGUGGAAAAUCUGGGCACCUUAAACGCGACUGUCGUGUUGGAAAAGGAAGCCGAGUUGCUAGCGCUAGCAAAUGGGGAAAGGGGUUAAAUGAUCCUUUCCAAAACCAAGGGAUGACAUGUAUGUGAUCGCUGCUGGUUCAAGGAUUUUCAUUCGGUGAAUGAUGGAUCCGUGUUAUAUAUGGGAGACAAUCACUAUGCUCCAAUUACUGGACAAGGAAAAGUGACGCUGGAAUUUAGUUCUAGGAAAAGUAUUACUUUAUGUAAUGUUUUAUAUGUUCCUAAGUUACGUAAAAACUUAGUUUCAGG